UGCAAUUGACUGUCUCUGAUCACCGCCAUCGUCCUUUUGAGACGCCAUUUUUGCUAACUUUAGAUUGAUACAGAAAAACAAGGGACAACGAUAGAAGCCAAAGGGCAGUGUUAAGAGCUCCAGAACGUCGGCGUUUUGGUUAUCUUGGAAAGGUGGGUUUUCGGCAUAAACGAAAGGUGCUCCAAAACCGAAAGCUUUACAGAAAGAACGUGAAACGACAGUGAAGAAAGAUGUCGUUCCAGAUAAUACUGGGUUCGGCGUCAAUGGCUCGGCGACGACUUCUUAGUGAGAUGGGAUAUGAGUUCACUAUAAUGACUGCAGACAUAGAUGAGAGGAGUAUAAGGAAAGAAACGCCAGAAGAAUUGGUUGUGGCUUUGGCUGAGGCAAAAGCAGAUGCCAUAAUUUCAAGACUCAAAAGUAUAGGUCAAUUGGAAGAAGUUUCUAAGGAAAGACUUCUAAUUACUGCAGACACAGUGGUGGUAUCUUGUGGACAAAUUAGAGAAAAACCGUCUAGCAAGGAAGAAGCACGGAGCUUCAUCAAAGGCUAUUCCGGUAGUCAAGCAGCAGUUGUAGGAUCUGUUCUUGUAACCAACCUUAAAACAGGAAAAAGAAGAGGAGGGUGGGAGCGAGCAGAGGUUUAUUUCCACAACAUACCAGAGGACAUUAUUGAUAGCCUGGUUGAAGAAGCAGUCACUCUCAAUGUUGCCGGGGGCUUGACACUGGAAAAUCCCCUGAUACUGCGUUUUGUAGAAGCAGUGGUUGGAACAAGCGAUGCUGUUAUGGGACUUCCUAAAGCUCUUACAGAAAAGCUUAUUCACGAAGCACUCUAGUGUUUACAGGUAUGAGUCGACCGUUUUCAUAUUGGAGCUGAACUUAAAUUGGAUUAUUGUUUCAACUGAAGAUUUCAUGAUGAAGUGAAGUUGUACUUGUGUUGAAAGUUAGACAGUGGUUAACCUGUUACCCCAAUGAUAUCAUAAAUUUAUUUUGACAAUUACAAUGAUCAAAAAGUGAUUUUUCUUUUACAUAAUAACAUUUUUGUGGUUGAAAUUUUGAUUAGCUGAAAAGGCAAAUGUAACAGAACCAUAUGAUUAAAAAUUGAUUACUGAA